AUCCGGUAAUCCUUAGCGGUAAUCGGUAUCGGGUUGUGUGCGGUUUUUAUUGCUGAUGUGAAUUUUCAAAAAUUCAGUUUUAAUCAACAAGUUCACAAAUAUCAGUAAUUUCGGAAGCGGCAAAUGCAUAAGGUCCACUCCAAAUUCUGUUCAAUUUCCGAAUAUAAUGAGCGGGGAAGACGUUCUAAAUGAAGUUCCAGGUGCAGAGUUAGAAGCACUCUUGCCAGACGGAUACGAGUACCUUGUUGUUGAUGCAAAACCCAUAUCGGAUAAUAAAUUUAUCGCCCUAUUUCACAUAGAUCUGAAAUCUGAUGAUGAAAUAUUUACGUGGCUUGACAAAUAUCAACAAAGAAACCAUAUAUAUUUCGAAGAAGUUGAUAAUGAUGACGAAAACUUUGUGGAUAAUGAAUUUAUAAAAGUUUAUAGAUGCGUUGCAAGUACUUUCUCAAAUGCUGAGGAACAAAGCAUUCAAUGUGAGGCCACAAUAAAAACAACUUUAAAAAAAGUAAAUAUGGAAAACAGCUCUGAUCAGUAUCUCGAAACUUACCCCUGUGAAAUCGUCGUUACUCACUUCCACAACCACGAGCUGAAUUUUUCUAUACCAAAAUUUCAACAUUGGUUUGAAGAUUUGUUUCAAGAAGGUCAGAGUCCAAAAUCAGCCUUAAAAAAAAUCAGAGAAGAACUUUUGCAGAAAUAUGGGGAGGAUUACCUCGAGAUAGAUCCCACAGCUAAAAUAUGUUUGUGCCAAAGUUGGGUUAACGAUUAUUAUUCGACUCUUUAUGGGGAGCCCAACAUGAAAGAAGAAUAUUCUGAAUUAGAAAAAAUUAUUCACGAGUAUAAUGAUGAAUGUGGGGAUAUUUGUGCUAUGGUUAAAAAUGAGUCAAUAAUAGCAAUAUGUUCUCCACUUAUGAAACGAAAUUGGGAACUCAUUAGUGAAGUCAAGGAAGUUAUUUAUGUAGAUUCUUCAGUCCUAGAUAAACACAAUAUGAGAAUUAUGUCGUUAUUGUGUCCAUCCCGUCUAGGGAUUUUGCCCUUGGGCAUUUUACUUCUGCCUUGUAAAGAUGACGAUGAAGAAUUUAUUAUUGAAGGAAUUAAUCUUUUAAGGCUUAUGUUACCUGAAAACGCUAAGACUCCCAAACUUAUGAUAGUUGCAGAUAGAAAUGAAGGGAGAUGUAAUUUAUUAAAAGAUUGUUUUAAUAUAGAAAAUGUUCUGAUCUGUAAAAUAUUUGUACAAAAAACUGUAUUAAAGUGGCUGUGGAGUCAAAAAAAUCGUCUUACCAAAGCAGAGCGGAUAAAUAUUUACGUGACCUUUAUUAAAACCCUUAACUGUAGCACGGAAACAGAGUUCGAGGAAAGUUACGAAAAAUUAACGGCAAUUUCUAAUAACACAAAAACCUAUAGGUAUUUUGAAAAUUUAAAAGCCAUGGCUCCACUUUGGGCGACAUGUUACAGGAAAAGCCAAAAGUACGACUCAAAUGAUUAUUCAAAAAUUAUUUUUAAUGUAUUACAAAAAAACAUGCCAGCUAAAACUUUGAACAAAGUGCAACUUUUUGCUUGUGUUGCUUCAAAUUUUGAAAAUUAUUUUUUCAAUUGGCUCACAAAACUUACAAGCUCUAACGGUUUGGCAUCAGAACAAACAGAGAGUUGGCAAGGUUGCAGUUCUAGUGUUUUCGAUUGUCGAGACAUAGGCGAUAAUUUAUACAGUGUGAUGGAAGACACGAAAAUAAAUAUUGUUAAUCGUUCAAUUGAUUAUUGCACUUGUAGUGUAAACCAAAACAGAGUUCCAUGUCGGCACAAAUGGGCUAUAAUAAGGGCUUUUAAUUUUAAAGAUGAUGUACAUCCAUUGGUUGAUGAGAAAUUAAAACGAUUGAUUAAAAAACUAUUAGUUGGUAAUAAAUGUAUACUGAAGGGUUGGUAUGAUGACAAUAAGAAACUUGACCAGUUGGAUACUGAUUAUGCAAUUACUAGAAAGAUUUCAAAGCAGCCGCGCAUGAAGGAAAUUCAAAAUAAAUUAGAAAAUACUGUAAAAACGAUUAUGCAGAAAUUAGUAUUGAAUCCCAAUCUGUUUAUUGGGCCAGUUGAGAAAUUUAUAAGCGAUUUUGAAAGUUGUAAAACUAAUGAUGACUUAGUGAAUGUUUUAGCAAGUUUUAGUAAGCCGAAAGUAGCUUCUACUCCUAUUGCUAAAAAGGUAACUGCUGGCUCUAACAGUGUAAAAAAAAAGUCUGUUGUAAUAAAGGCACAGCAAAAAUUAACACCUAUUGGUAGGAAGCAAAAUUCUGCUGGUUAUUUUAUAUUUAAAGAAAUGCAGCGUUCAGACUUAGUGAUAGAAAAUAAUUUCAACAGUAUUAAUAAAAGUGAGAGUGGUCCUGUUAAGAAAAAAAAAAUGAAUUGAUUUGUUUAAUGAUUGAAAAAACAAAGUUUAAUACGCUUUUCCACAAAACUUCCAAUGCAAUUAUUAGAUCACUAGACCAUAGAGUAUUAUAAUUAUUUAGGAUUAAUUAGGAAUUUAAGUGUAUUGUUUGGUCAAUAAAUGGCAUAUUUUUGUACACA